UACACCGUCCUUUCUUCUCAACUCGUAUUUUCUAGUUCUAAACCCUCAAAAAUCCUCAGAUAAAAAUAAACUUCUUUAUUUCUCUCUCUCUCUCUCUCUCUCUCUCUCUAAAACUGCCCGUAAAGAGAAACUGUUGUAUUCCACUUCGGGCGUGUUUCCCCAAGCUGCUUCUAACCCUCCUCGGAAAACCACUUUUCCACUUUUAUCAUUAUUUUUAUUUUCAAACUUGGAAGAACUAUUUUACUUUUCUCGGUUUCCAAACAGAGGGUUCCAGACUUAAUGGUUCUGCUAAUUCUCAAAUGUACUGCGAAAUCCCAAUGGAUUACCAAGCUGCGAUAACGGGUUAUUGGGUUUCAUAGCUGCAAAAUGCUUUCUUUAAGGGAUUUUUGGAGGAGACAUAGGAGGAAGGUCUUUGUUACUGCUGGCGUUUUAGGAAGUGGUUAUCUUUUGUAUAAGCUAUAUAAUGCUCACAGGCAAAGGUUGGCUGACUUGGAGAGAGCACUAGAGAGUGAGAGGCACAAUGAAGAACUCAUCAAGGCUCAAAUGCAAGCCCAUUUUGACAAUAUUCAGAGAAUAGCUGAUACAACUACAUUGCCUCAUGCAAUGGGCUAUUUAGAUAGUCGGAUCAAUGAAGAGUUAGACCUUUCUCCCCUAAUGGAGAGGCUAGUGAAAGGGAAGGAUCAGCCAAAUUCUUUGACGUCUUCGGAAAAACAUGAGUUAUGGGAGAGACUCAAAAUUCUAAGUUUCACAAGGAUGGUUUUGUCAAUAUGGACAAUGGCAAUCCUUAAUUUAUAUAUAAGAAUUCAAGUCAACAUAUUAGGGAGACAUUUAUAUAUCAACACUGCACGUGAUCUUGGAAGCUCUCAAUCACUUGAGGAUCCUGAAAUCAUAGAUAAGGAUGACCAGCAGAAGUUUUUGGCAAGUAGUGAUUUUCUCCCUGCAUAUGGCUUGCCUUCCUUGAUAUCAAAUAUGCAGGCAGCAACCACAGAAGUUCUCAAAGGAAAGCAGUUGAAAGAUUCCUUUAACACUAUAGUUCUACAUGAAACUAUCACACAAAUACUUGAUGCCUUUAUGAGUGCAAAGAGUCCUCAUCAUUGGUUGGACUACUUGAUGCCUGAAGAUGCUCGUUUGCCCAAACCAGCCACAGUCUCUAACAGUGAUGAAAUUCUCUCAGAUACUACUGAAUUUGACGAACUCAUGGCGGAGACAAGAGCAGUUUUAACAAGUGCUGAAUUUGGAAGCGUUGCUGAGAUGGCACUGAAAGCCGUGGUGGACGUGGUAGUGAAAGAUAUGGAGAUGCAGUUCGGAGGAGACAAUCUGACUUCAGGGCUACCACUUGCCAGGUUAUUGCCACGGGUUACCCAGAUGGGUCCCAUACUCGUUGAAGAGCCAAGCAAAAACCAAUUCAUUCAAGUUAUUCGACAUGUACCAGAAGUUGAACUCUUCUUCACUCUCCUCUAUUCAAACAUGCCACUCACAUAGACAUGGCAAGUGAGCUUUUUUUAAGUUACAUUUUCAUUUUAAAGAUUUAUUACUUUACAAAAGGAGGCAUCAAUGUAGAGAACGUGAAGAUGCUGUAAGAUUUGGCAUUCUGAAAAAAUUCAACCAAAAAGGACAGUUUUUAGGAUUACAGCAGUGUAGAAGCUUGCCCUUUGUAUUACUUCAUCUUCUCAAUCUUUUUCUUGAUUGUUUUUAUGGCUGUAACUCUCUCUGUAUGAAGUAAUAAUUAUAUAACUCCACAUCUUUGGAAGAUUUUACCCAUUUUGUAAUUGAACAUCACAUAUCUAGAGUUGAAAAAUAUGAUUUGUUUCAGUUUUCCA